GAAACGUCAGCGUAACAUUUAUCCUCAUCGUGUUUACUCCCUUGAUUGUCAAUGCUGCACUUCUCGCCUCUGGGCCUCACCAUCGGAAGUUGUCUUUUGCAUUUUCGGCUAACCACUCUCGAGAGCCAUCCUUCGGGAGCCAUACUAGGACCGAGUCACGGUGAAGUUAAGCACUUCCGAUUUCGCAAGUUCCGUCGAACGACCAUGAUUAAGCGAUGAUGAAUCCCAACUCACUCCACGAUUUUCCUAACGAAAUUGUCGCGCGUAAUUACGAAACGAGGUUACUUGCAAACUUUAACGAAAAUGUCAAAAAUUCUUUUGGCACGAAUACCAUGAAGUGCAUCUCGAAUUUCACGUCGACGUAUAAUUAUCGCUUUCUCGCUUUUAAUAACUUUAAGUCAGCGUACCACGUUACGCACAUACUUUCUCAGAGACUUUGAUUUUCAUUAAUUAUAUUUUUAUUUAUCCCGUAAUUCGUCGAAUUUAUGUACUGCAAGUAUUGAAUUCGCGCAUAACCUUGGGAAGAAAUUCGAUGCGAUGAUCGAAAUCGAAGAAACGGAACGGUGACAGACACGGGAACAUUAGAAAUGUAAAUUCGGGUGUCAGAGCCGCCAGGCCACACCCUUCAUUCAUAUUCUAAACGGCAAUUUUCCAACGUUAACCGGUUUAUGUGUGACUAUCCUUCCACGAUCUCGUCUUAGUCCUUCUAAUCGAAACAGUAAAUAAACCUCGCGUUAUAAUACAUCCUGUGCCCGAUAUUAUGCAUGUACCAUAUAGAAACCUGUUACCAAACGUGAUACUUUUCAAUAAAUUCGCUAUUUCCGUUUGUAGCUUUCAGGCAUGUUAUUCAUAAGUUCAUAUCUUAACCUCGAUAAAACAACGUUGUCAUAACUCUACCUACCCUAAUGACAAACUCGUAAAACACACGCUAGAUCAUUCCGUGGAAAAUGAGAUUUUCUCAAGAUUCGGUCAGAUCUUGCAUUGUGCUGAGUUAUCUGCCAGGCUAACUAACAAAGAUCGUUCAUAGCGUCGUAUUAAUCGCUUCAUCGUGGAUCCUCGGGCAACGUCGAAAAUAUUUCGAUCAUUAUGGAGCGCUUACGUCGUCGAAAAAAAGAAUCACGAGCAAGUAUCCCGUUGAUCGUGACGAAGGACCGAGGAGAAACGACAGAAGAGCUAUGCGUAGGAGCAAAGGAAAAAAACAAUCACGGAUGAUAUUCGACAGGGUGGGGGAGUUUGCUCUCCAUGAAGAAUAUAUAAAUCGCGGGUAGGGCUGAAAUUCCGGUUAGUACAGAUAGUUUUGCGAGCCUAUCGCGAAGCUGUGAUCACACUAUGCAGGUCUACGCCACGUUGCUUGCCUUCGCUGUAAUCCUGGUCGUAUCGAUAGAGUCGAAACCAAUCGGACUAAACUUGUACGUCAACGAUCCUCAUAACCCUUCUGAAGUCAUCAGCGUGUAUCCGCAACUUCUGCAAUACCAGAACUCUCCGUUUUACUAUCAAAAUGUUCCCGUAGAUGUGAAUGGUAUUCCAGCUGCUGUCAUCGCUUAUGGGAAGCCUUCGGUCUCCCAUCUGCCUGCUUAUAACAUUUAUUAUAGCACCCCUGUACAUGACUUCCGGUUUCCACUGAAUCCGGUGUAUCCGCUGUUGAAACCCAUUCAGCCGGGAGAACCGCCUAAACCAAGCCCACCAUCGACAACCACUAUGAAACCAGAGAACAAAAGCACCGAGGAUGGCAUCGAAAAAUUGGACACGAAGAUUGAGCCAGAGAAAGAAAUGAAGAAAUCGAACGAGAGCGGGGAAGACAUCGACGAUGACAGCAUUAUCAUUGAGUCGAUAUAAACUGCCGUGUAUUACGUUCCACGCUUCAUGCUAAUUAAAUAAAAUAUUUAAACCUUUACCCGUUACUUCCUUGUACUUGCACGUUCAUUUAGAAAUUUAAUGGUUCA